AUGGACAGAAACCAAUCCCGCAGGCAGGUUGCUGCAAUGAAACAGUCGCUCUUUGAUCAGGGGUUAUUGGAUGAACAAUUUAUCCAACUGGAGGAAUUGCAGGAUGAUGCAAAUCCCAACUUUGUUGAGGAAAUUGUCACGCUUCACUACCGUGAUUCAUCACGGCUAAUCACAAGCAUAGAGCAGGCUCUCAAAGAGAGGAACCCUCUGGAUUUUAACAAGCUAGACACUCUUAUGCAUCAGUUCAAAGGAAGCAGCUCAAGCAUAGGAGCCAAAAAGGUGAAAGCAGAGUGCAAUCUGUUCAGGGAAUAUUGCAGGGCAGGAAGUGCAGAAGGAUGCAUGAGGAGCUUCCAACAAUUGAAGAGAGAAUAUGCUGCACUUAGAAAGAAACUUGAAGCUUAUUUUCAGUUGGCAAGGCAAGCAGGACCCCAGGAAACAGCAUGUCGCUCCAAAUAA